AGAAAGAAGAAGAAUGGCCUCCCAACCAGGUCCCCUCACUCGAUGGCCAUGGCAUAGGCUAGGAAACUUCAAGUACGUACUACUAGCUCCAUGGGUGGCGCAUAGCAUGCACAAGUUCAUGGCAGACAGUGGGGAGCAGAGGGAUAUGUUUAACUUUCUCAUCUUCCCCAUUCUAUUGCUAAGGCUGCUGCACUCUCAGCUGUGGAUCACCUUCUCUCGCUUCCAAACAGCAAAAGGCAAGCACAGGAUAGUCGACAAAAGCUUGGACUUUGAUCAGGUGGACAGAGAAAGGAAGUGGGAUGACCAGAUCAUUUUGACCGCAUUGUUCAUGUACAUGGUUAACAUGGUGGUUCCAGGGGCUUCACAUUUGCCCUGGUGGGAGAGCAGGGGAGUGGUUCUUAUCAUUCUCCUCCACAUGGGUCCUGUGGAGUUCAUCUACUACUGGCUUCAUAGAGCCUUGCAUCACCAUUUCCUCUACUCGCGUUACCACUCUCACCAUCAUGCCUCCAUUGCCACUGAGCCCAUCACAUGUAAGGGCUGCUCUCUCUCUCUCUCUCUGUGUGUGUGUGUGUGUGGAAGUCUAAUUUAAGGGACGACCUUUGUCACACGUUGGAAGGCUAAUUUAUGGAAAGGAUAAAAUAUGAAUGAUAAUCUCAUGAAGUUGGGUGAUCGGCAUUUUUAAACAAGAGAGUUGCUCAUGGAAAUGACAGAUA